GUCCAGCUAACGCGAUACGCACUGGGUUUCUAGCACAAGAGGGUCGCUCAUCAAUGCGGUAAAAAAGAAAACAAAUUGUAGUAAACUCUUAAGAGAGGAAGAGUUUCUUUCUACACAUACAUUGCUGCUUUUUACUAAAAACCGGGAUACAAUUUAUUCAAAGGUGAUUGUUCAACCCAAAGAUGAAUUUUGAGCAGCCCCCUCCAUACCCAGGCAAUGGCCCCACUGCUCCAGGCUACCCAGCCCAGGGCCCACCUCCACAAGGCUUUCCACCUCAGGGUUAUCCGCAGGGAUACCCUGUGAACAUGGAGCAGCCUAAUCCAGCUUACCCUAACUACCCUGCUGGACCAAUGGGCCCUGGAGGUCCUUAUCCUGGCCCAGGACAGCCUCCUUAUGGGUACCCUGGACAACCACAACCACAGUUUGGCUGGCAGGGGGGACCUCCUCCUGGGCCUAUGUAUGGGGAAGCUCCCAAAAACACAGUGUACGUGGUGGAGGACCGGAGAAGAGACGACACAGGAGACACUUGCCUGACAGCCUGCUGGACAGCUCUGUGUUGCUGCUGUCUCUGGGACAUGCUGACAUAACUACUCUCCUACUGUUCACCCCCAUUACCCCUCUUGUCCCCCAUAUCUGUGCCUCAAGCUCCAUCACCCUUUCCUCCCCCCUCAUCUGCCUUAAACCUUGCGCUCCCUUAAAACCACCCCUCCAUUUCCUCUACAGUUCUUUUGCUCGUCUAUAAAUAAAAUCCUCGAUCCCAUGGAAGUCUCUGUCCGGAGCCACUUAACGCUACCUUGAUGUGAAGUCCUCAGCACUGACUGACUGACCCCGUACAGGGGUUAUGUUUAGAAGCUUGUAACCGAGCUUCUAAACAUAACCUGAAUUUCAGGCUCUUCGCUGUAAUCUUACACCAACACACACACACACACACACACACACACACACACACACACACACCAACCAAGGUAGAUACACAAUAACACGUACACACAUACAGCACACUAAGAUCUCAGGCUCAUCUAGUGUUAGGCUCUUUGGCACUUUAUGACGAUUACCUCUGUAAGAUACAACUACUCCUGCCUGCCCUGUCAACCAUCUCCAACCCUCCCUAUCCUCCCUUCAGCCAUGCUACUUCCCAAUCGCCAAGGGCAACCCCUUAUCCUGGACCACCCCCCCCGCCAUAACCCAAAAGCCACCAAGCCCCCGGCUGUUAAUGAGCCACAGGGUGGCUCUUAAGAAGCUGAUGCUUGAAAUGUAUCCCUUUUUAUUUGCACAGAAGCUGUUCUUGCUGACAUAUGUCUUCAGGUGGAAUCAUAUGACAAUAAGUGGAAUGCAUUUUUAAAGACGACAGUGAUUUAUGUUUGAUUCCAUCGAUGGCCACAAUUUUUUUCUUUUUUCUUUUAUGGUGAUCUUGAUAGUAUACAAUAUUAAAAUAUUAUUUUUAUUACAUACCUUGGAGAUAAAAAUAAAAAUAUAUAUAUAAAAAAAGUUGUGAUUGCGUAACACAAGAAACCAAAUGACCUGUCAGAUGCCUUUUUGCUUUGGAUGAGAAACUUGCAUUAAAACAAAUUAUUCCCAUGAAA